GCGCAACGGCCUAAUGCUUUAGGCGCACCCAUAUCCCCUACCGAAAUAAAUCCAUCUGUCAACUCGUUCAAAAAUCUAGAUCCUUUCGAACCCGCGGUUACAAAAGUGAGCGGCGGAGGCGCGCGUGCGCAUUUUCAACUUGGACCUUAAACUGACACCUUGCAGGUAUUAAUAAAAAAUGUGGUCGAAAUUAUUAGUGGCUAUUUUAUUGUGUUGGGUGGUUGAGGGGUUCCCAGAUGGGGCGCCUAUAGACGCCUGUGUCAAGGAUCGGCCUAAUCAGCCCAACCAUGGGCAGCAUCGGACGCAGCCGCUGAACACACUGCCGUACAGAGUGUACGCUUCAGCGACCAAUUAUGGACCCAAUGCUGCAAUUACAGUGACCAUUGAGGGUGCCGAGACGUUCAAAGGGUUCUUUAUCCAAGCCCGUUCUGUCGAGGACGACCGGUGGCUGGGCUCAUGGGAGCAGGCACCGAACACCACGAUCCAUCCCGAGUGCUCCGCCGUCACUCACGCCGAUCCCAGAGAAAAGACUCGAGCGACGCUGGUGUGGCGCGCCCCGCACGACGCACAGGGGAGGGUUUACUUCACAGGCACCGUAUUGAAGAAUUACUCAACAUUCUGGUCGAAUUUAAUAGCGGAGGCGCCACAGGAUCCAGCACAAUUGCAAAUUCUUGGCUGAACCAGUUUCAGUAUUGUUAUGCAAAAAUAGUGUUGAAAUUAU